CCCAAUUUUCAAAUUAUUAACACGAGAAAAGCCGAGCUGUUAAGAACUUUCUGCGUACACGUGCAUAUUUUCAGCAUUUUCGCGAAGUUUCUCCAACCGAGUGAAGUGAAAAUUCACCAAACUUAAAUUAAACUACCUCAUAAAGUUUAAUUGAAAGAACAAUUACAAAACACAAUGUCUGCCAUCAAGAGAAUUAUCCCCAUGUUGGACCGCGUUUUGGUUAAGCGUGCUGAAACUUUGACCACCACCAAAGGCGGUAUUGUGUUGCCAGAAAAAGCUCAAGGCAAGAUGAUGGAAGGCACAGUCAUUGCUGUUGGUCCUGGUGCUCGCAACGCUCAAACUGGUGAACAUAUGAAACCCGCCGUCAAAGAAGGUGAUCGCAUUUUGUUGCCCGAAUUCGGUGGCACCAAGGUCGAAAUGGAAGACAAAAAAGAAUAUUUGCUCUUCCGUGAAUCUGACAUCUUGGCCAAAUUGGAAUAGAUUUGGAAUUCUUCCAAAAGGAUCAAAGCAUUUCGUCGUAAAUUUAAAUUAAUUUUAUGUAAUCGUUUAAUUUUUUCUAGUUAAUUCUCCCUAUAUUUUUACGAGGGAGAAUUGACAUUUUAGUUUGUAAAUUAAUCUAUACAAGAUAAAGAAAUAUCCAAAUAAUGUUACAUUUGAUAAUCGGAUAAAUUGUUAUCCUUUAAUAUCCGAUUCGGAGAGUGUAAUAUUUAUUUUUGUGUACAUUUUUUAUGUCUGAAGAUAAAUAAAACGGUUUUACGCUUUAUUUGUUUUUGAAAAAACAAAAGUUGAAAA